CUGAGGGGGCGCGGCGCGGAGGGGCGCGGAGCCGGGCGCUUCGGGACCCAGAGAGCGCGGCGGCCGGGAGCCCGCAGGCCCCUGACAGCCCCCUCCCCGCGGCGGACGACGAGGGGACCAGUCAUGGCGGAGCAGCGAACCGAGCGCGGGCCCUGAGCACCACCGCAUGGAGCGGGACGAACGGCCGCCUAGCGGAGGGGGAGGCGGCGGAGGCUCCGCGGGGUUCCUGGAGCCGCCCGCCGCGCUCCCUCCGCCGCCGCGCAACGGUUUUUGUCAGGAUGAAUUGACAGAGCUCGACCCAGGAAGUAUUUCUGUUCCAGAUGAUCGGGCUGAACAACGAACCUGUCUCAUUUGCGGGGACCGCGCCACAGGCUUGCACUAUGGAAUCAUCUCCUGUGAGGGCUGCAAAGGGUUUUUCAAGCGGAGCAUUUGCAACAAGCGGGUAUAUCGGUGCAGCCGCGACAAGAACUGCGUCAUGUCUCGGAAGCAGAGGAACAGGUGCCAGUACUGCCGCCUGCUCAAAUGCCUCCAGAUGGGAAUGAAUCGGAAGGCAAUCAGAGAAGACGGCAUGCCUGGGGGCCGGAACAAGAGCAUUGGGCCAGUCCAGAUAUCAGAGGAAGAGAUUGAAAGGAUCAUGUCUGGGCAGGAAUUUGAGGAAGAAGCCAAUCACUGGAGCAACCAUGGUGACAGCGACCACAGUUCCCCUGGGAACAGGGCUUCGGAGAGCAACCAGCCCUCGCCGGGCUCCACUCUGUCCUCCAGUAGGUCCGUGGAACUAAAUGGAUUCAUGGCAUUCAGGGAGCAGUACAUGGGGAUGUCUGUGCCUCCUCAUUAUCAAUACAUACCGCACCUUUUCAGCUAUUCCACCCACUCGCCACUUCUGCCCCCGCAAGCUCGCAGCCUGGAUCCCCAGUCGUACAGCCUGAUUCACCAGCUGGUGUCAGCCGAGGACCUGGAGCCCCUGGGCACGCCCAUGUUGAUCGAGGAUGGGUACUCUGUGACCCAGGCAGAGCUGUUUGCCCUGCUUUGCCGCCUGGCCGACGAGCUGCUCUUUAGGCAGAUUGCCUGGAUCAAGAAACUGCCUUUCUUCUGCGAGCUCUCAAUCAAGGAUUACACGUGCCUCCUGAGUUCCACAUGGCAGGAACUAAUUCUGCUCUCCUCCCUCACCGUUUACAGCAAGCAGAUCUUUGGGGAGCUGGCUGACGUCACUGCCAAGUACUCGCCCUCUGAUGAAGAACUACACAGAUUCAGUGACGAAGGGAUGGAGGUGAUCGAGCGGCUCAUCUACUUGUAUCAUAAGUUCCACCAGCUAAAGGUCAGCAACGAGGAGUAUGCGUGCAUGAAAGCAAUUAACUUCUUAAAUCAAGAUAUCAGGGGUCUGACCAGCGCCUCGCAGCUGGAACAGCUGAACAAGCGAUAUUGGUACAUCUGCCAGGACUUCACUGAAUAUAAGUACACGCACCAGCCCAACCGCUUUCCUGACCUCAUGAUGUGCUUACCUGAGAUUCGGUAUAUUGCAGGAAAAAUGGUGAACGUACCCUUGGAGCAGCUGCCCCUCCUCUUUAAGGUGGUGCUGCAUUCCUGCAAGACCAGCGUGGGCAAGGAGUGACCUGUCCCGGCGCCCUCCUCGGGCCAGCCACGGAGCCGCGGGCGGGCAGGACGGGCUCCCGAAGCCAGAGCCAGAGACCAAGAUGGAGGCCGCGGAGCAGCACUGCCGGCCGCCUCCAUAGCAGGAAGAGUUUUUGUUUGUUUGUCUGUUUUUUUAAGCUCAUUUUUCUAUAUAUUUAUUUCACGACAGAGUUGAAUGUAUGGCCUUCAACACGAUGCACAUGCUUUUGUGUGAAUGCAGCCGAUGCAUU